UCUAAUAACAAAGAUGUCUGCGCCCAUCGAAACAAACACGGAUGUUUGUGUGCUCUGAACCGGAUUUUUAGAUUAAUCAAAUCGUUUGGUUGUCACAUUCCUUGAACUAGUAUGUGAGUGUCUCCCACAACUGCGUAUAGUGACUCCAAGCCUAGUACAGGCAGUAAUUUGUUCUCAGACUGCAUUGCACAAACUCAAAUUUACGUGGGGCAGACAAAGGAAACCAACACUGUUGACAACAGUGUCAAGGACAAGUGUGCGUUGUUGCCGUAUAACUUUUUCGGUGUAUUCGGACGGUGUGGGCGUGGCGGGACUUAAAUUCAUCGAACGGACUGCGUGAUAGUUGACAUUCCAGUCACAACCCUCCAGUGGGGAUUCAUCUUCAACGGCACACAUUUGGCCUUAUUAGCUUCCUGGUCCCCUAACACUAACAGUGACACCCUCUGGUCUUCUAGCUUAGUUAAAGCAAAACAAACGGACAAGGAUCCAGGGAGAAUUCUGCUUCUGCUUCAUCUUUUUAAGUAUUCAUUAAUUCAUAAAAUGGGGAGUGUACGUUGGGCCUUCCGAUUCGGUGCCUGGAAUCCAACCCAGGCUGAAUGGACUCUCGCAUCAAGGUGUAUUCAACAGGAAGAAAAGGAAAGGAUUGGAAAGUUUGUAUUCACAAAAGAUGGAAAAGCUUCCAUGGCUGGGAGACUGUUGUUACGGAAAGUGAUUACAGAUACCCUAAAUUUCCCAUGGAAAGACAUCAGUCUAGCCCGGACCGAGAAAGGCAAACCUUACCUGUGCAAUGAAUUCAUUGCAGAUCCCGAAUUCUUCCCUAAUUUUAACUUCAAUGCAUCACACCAGGGAGACUUUACUGUGUUGGCUGCCGAGCCAGAGUUCUCAUGUGGCAUUGAUGUUAUGAAGGUUGAAAGCAGAGGAACUCCAGAUAUCCCAGAGUUUUUCCGUAUCAUGACAAAGCAGUUUACUCCCCAUGAAUGGACAGUUGUGAAGGCAGAGGGCACAGAGUGGAAACAACUAGAAAUGUUUUACAGAUUCUGGUGCUUGAAAGAAAGUUACAUCAAGGCCAUCGGAAUCGGUUUAGGGUUUAAUCUGCAGAGGAUUGAAUUCCAUCCGAAGACACUUGCUCUACAGCAAGGAGUUGUCACAACGGAUACAGAGUUUUAUCUUGACGGCAAACUCGAUACCACAUGGGCUUAUCACGAAUCUAAGCUGGACGAUCUUCAUUUUGUAUGUGUUGCCCUCAAGAAACCACAUGGGGUGUCGGAUGACAUCACUGUUCCUCCGACUGUCUUUAAGGAGUUAAAGUUCCCGGAACUAGUUUCCUCAGCGGAGCCGUUAUUGCCAGAAGAUGCUUCGUACUGGGAGACGUUUAAUAAGAAGGAGGAAAGACCAAAAGGUCUCGAUAAGAAAUAAAUGUAAUGAUAACAUCUCCCCCAAAGUGUCAAGGUCUGAGUCUGACUUUAAUGGACUUUAAAUUCGAUGAUUAUAAACAAAGUUUAAGGACUUCGCCCCUUUCUGUUGAUAGCUUAUCUCUGACAGUGGAAUUAAUUUUGACAUGGAAUUGAAAGAGAUCACUUGCCAUCCUGGAUGGCACUUGAAAAUAAUUAUCCACCGUGAACAUCAAACAAGUUAUUAUUUUGAGGGUUUGUUUUAUACUGGAUGACUUCUCACCCCUACCCGAAAAGGUGGGGGCGGCGGACUAAGAAAAAGAAAAGAAAAAAACAGCAAACCAAACAAAACAAACUUUUGUACACGACAUAAUAACAACACAAUUACAGAAGUUGAAGUAAUUAUUUUAAACUUUCUUGAAGUUCCCUUUCCUGUUUUAAGUGCAGCUCCCACAGUUUAACAUGCAUGAAACUCAUUGCGUAAGAGCUUGCAUUCUGCAACUUCCAAUGUAGUAUAUUAUGUGGGGGGUUUUCAGGACCAUUUUUAUCUUUAGUUCGUGGUUCCUUUAAGUCAAAGACCCACACCCUUAGGUUCAAUUCAUCAGACAUAGACCUUCGCUCUCAGGGGCACAGCAAUGUUCCUCUCAUAAGGGGCCCUUCUAUUAGGAAAAUGUCUACGUGAACCAAUAUAUUGGAACUUUGCAAACAAAGGGCACCACUGCAAAAGCACAGGGCACCACGGCAAUAGAUCUUUAUCAUGCUGCCUCCAUCUUGGUCUUGUUCCUUGUCAAUAACGAAUGCUAAUAGUCAUUAUGCAAAUAGGAACCAGACUACUUUCUUCUUCCAGCCUCGGAAUGGUUACAUUGAUAUCAAUGGUGAAAUUUCAAGA